AUGAAGUGUGAUCGUUGUAAGCUUGACAAAUCAAACGAAACUUUUGAAAGUCUAAAAACCAAUAAACGUAAAAAUGCUAAUACAUAUACUAAGCUAAAAACAUGUGUAGAUUGUCGUAACCAAAUUUCUGCAAAUAAUAAAUUAAAAAAGCGUGAACAAAAAAAUAAAUCCAUAAAAGAAAAUCAAGAAAAUGCAAUAGCACCAGAAGAUCUUGUGGAUUUUAUUUUUAAUACCCUUCCAGCAAAUUAUGAUUAUGAUGAGUACCUAUUUGAAGAAAGAUUUCUUAUAAUCUUAGAAUCACUAUUAAACAAUGUUGAUACAAAUUCAGACGAUCAAGUAAAUAAGGAAGUUGCGCAAUAUAUAGUUAACCUUAUUUCAAAAGCGGAUAGAUUUUCCUGGAUUUAUCAUAAAUGUAGUAAAUUAAAAGACUCAGUUUCAUUUGUUUAUUAUUGCAACUGCCAUGAAGAAUUAAAAAAUAAAAAGGCUCGAGUUGCUAAUAUUUCAAAUCAAAUUCACAAUUUGGUGGCAAUUAGUAUUUAUCAUUAUCUUCAUCUACUACCUGAAGCAAUAGAAGUUUCCUCACAAAUUCAUGAUUUUAUUAUUAAUCAUAACCUAUUGAUAGCUAAAAAAUUUGCUACCAAGGAAUAUAAAUUAGCAAAUGAUCAAUUGGAAUCAGCUCGACGAUAUUUAGAGAAUAAUUUAAAUUUUAAACUUCUUUAUCAAGAUCAACAUUCAUUGGCUUUUAUAACUCCAUUGCUAUUUAUAUUACCAAGUAAAGCAACAAAAACUAUUAUUGUUGAUUCUACUUAUAGGACAAAUUGCUUAAAGUUUGAAUUAUUUGCAGUUCUUAAAGUUAUAGAUAGUGCUGAGUUCCUGCUUUCUUAUUUUUUUCUUGAACCAAAGUAUUUAUAUGAAAUUAGAGAAGAGAACGCCUUUGCUAACUUGCCUGAAGAUAUUCAUACCAUAAUUAAAAAUUUGAAUUCUUUUAUUUGUAAAAUAAUUACCUCUAGUCUACAAGAUGAUAUUUACGAACAAAAUGAUAAUCAAGUUCACAAACAAGAUAAUAAUCAAGUUUACAAACAAGAAUCUGUUAUGA